AUGCUCAAGUUGGGAUUCAACGGGCUAACCAAGCCAAAAAUAAUUAGUCAAAUACUACUACGAUCAAAUUUGUCAACAAUAAAUUCAUCAUAUACAUAUAUCAAAGAUUAUCCAGAAUUAUUUGCAAAGAUCAAAUCAAAUAUUACACCAAAUUCAAAUAAUCAAGAAAUAAUAGAAGCAACAAAAAGUAUAAAAUUUUUACAAAAAAAUUUCCCCAUACAUGAUCAACUUGAUAGUGAUUCAAAAUUAAGUAUAUAUUCAAUAAAUUUAAUAAAUUUAAUUUUUCAAAAUCAUAAAUCUUUAAAUUUAAAUUUACUCAAGGAACUAUUUACAUUAAAUUUACCAAGUUUAAUUAAUCUUAAAUUGAUCAAUAUAUAUUAUGAAUUAAAUCCAAGCCCGAAUUUCAUAAUUCCAAAGGAGAUAGCUUUAAUAGCGUUAAGAAAUUCAAUUUUUAAUGCUGAUUUUGAAAGAUCUAUAAAAAUUACAGAUACUACUGUUGGUCAUCCAAAUUAUAUCGCUGAAAAGGGUAAAAUAAUGAAAAAAAAUAUAAUUAAAUUUGCAUCAGCUAUACUUGGUUUCACAAUUUUCACUAAAUUUGGAGUUAAUACAUUAAUUGAUUCAGGAGUAUUAUCACCUGCUUGGAAUCAUUUAGGUGCAUUAAAUUCUAUAUUAUUAACAUAUAUAAUAAAUACUACAUUUUUCAUAAGUAUUGUUAAAUUUGGUAGAACUUUAAUUAGUUCAGGAGGUGAUUAUUUAACAUGGCAACAUGGUACAUUUUAUUCACAUUGGUUUAAACAUUCAGAUGAAAUGUUAUUUAAUUCAAAAAUUAUAGAAAGUGAUAGAGAUUUAAAUAAUGGAGAAUCAUCACCUGGUCUAGUAGAAGAAAUUUGUAGAGAAGCACCAGAAACAAGAUCAAAUAGAAAUAUACUUCAUUCAGGAUAUGAUAAAUAUGGAAAUAAAAUAAGAUUAAUGCAAUUAAAAGAUGAUUUAGAAAAAAUUAAAUUUCAAGCUUAUUGGAUGACUGGUGGUGAUGGAUUUGAAUGGGUUGAACCUGAUCAAGAUCCUGCUGAAAUUAUUUGGAGAAAUCAUUUAUCUAAAUAUAAUAAACCUGCAUUAGAAAAAAGUGAAAUUGGUGAAUUAGGUUGGGCUGAUGAAUUAAUAGAUGGGAAACGUUAG